UCAAAUCCCAUAAAUCGCAGCUCAAAUACGUCUUCUUAAAUUUUUGACGCAGUUAAAUUUUUGACGCAGAUCGCAAAAAUUAAAAAUUUCAACAUUCUGACAAUUACAAUUAAAAUUUAUUGCUAAGACCAAUUAUACAUAGAUAUUUGCUUGUUUAUGGAGUAGACAGUUUCAAAAACAGCAAUGAAAGGCGUCUUUUCGGCGCCCGGAGAUUACAUCCACUUCAAGUCUCAGGUCCCCCUUCACAAGAUCCCCAGCUCGAGUCUUCAUGACCUAGUUGUCAACAGUCAAUGGCAGAAAACAACAUUCAGUCGACAACUUCAGAGCCUCUAAAUAGUGAAGGAGAAUUCCUCUCCACCAUGGGCUCGGAAAGCCUCGAUAAUUUAUCUUUCCAGCUUUCCGUGGAAAAAUUGAAUGGAAAGAAUUGUCGAGAAUGGGCUCAAUCCAUUAAACUUAUCGUCGACAGAAAAGGAAAGCUAUGAUAUCUUAUCGGAGAGAAAAAGCAACUUGCCUCAACUGCCACCGCCCUUUUGGAAAAUUGGAGGUCGGAAAACUCAAUGGUGAUUGCGUGGCUAGUCAACUCCAUGAAACUCGCAAUUGGAAAAACUUAUCUCUUUCUACUGACGAUGAAAGAUGUGUGGGAAGUAGUGCGUGAUAUGUAUUCAGAUUCUGAGGACUCCCAAAUUUUUUGAAAUCAAAACAAGGUUGUGGCAAACGAAAUAAAAAGAAAGGGAAGUGAUCGAAUACUAUCUGAAAAUGAAUUCUCUUUGGCAAGAACUCGACCAAAAUACGAAAGAAGAAUGGGAUUGUCUGGCUGAUAGAGUGCAAUACAAAAAGAAAUUGGAGAACGAGAGGUUUACGAGUUUCUAGCCGGACUAGAUUGUAACCUAGAUGAUGUAAGGGGUAGAAUCUUGAGCCAGCGACCCUUACCUUCAUCGCGUGAGGCAUUCGCCGAAGUGCGCAGAGAGGAAAACUGGAGGAACGUAAUUUUGAAGGAAGGAAGAAUAAGCAAGCCUGAAGAAGAGGAGUUUGGGUCAGCGUUAAUAUCCAAAGGUGUUGUGUUAAAUGGGCUGCCCGAUUACUAAAAAAACUUGGGUCUUUUCAAUCUCCUAAUGGGCCUACAACAAUUUGAUUUAAAUGGAGUGGGCUUGCUGAAAUGGGCUCACUACAAAUGGGUUUGGCUUAAAUCAAAGGGGACGUCUUGGUGUGAUCACUGUCGUAAAUCGGGGCAUAAAGAAGAUACAUGUUAGGACUUGCAUGGGAAACCAACGGAUUGGAAAUCAAGACAAAAUAACAAGAAUCGUGGCUACCAAGCAUAUAUAGAUCCUAUCGAAGAAAAAACUAUUUCCACUCCAAACGUUGCUUUCAACCCAGGACAGUUAGAGCAACUCUAUAAAAUGCUUUCAAGUUUCCAGUCAUCUAUUCCUUCAUGCUCGCUCGCUCACAAAGUUAAUUUUCUGAUAGCAUUACAUACAAUCACUCGUUCCAAAGCUCCCUGGAUUAUUGACUUGGGUGCGUCUGAUCACAUGACGGACUCCUAUCAUCUUUUUUCGACCUACUCUACUUGCGCUGGCAAUAUCAAAGUUAAAAUUGCAGAAGACUCACUCUCGCAUGUAGCGGGAAAAGGGAGUAUUUGAAUCUCUGAUUCGAUAACACUUGAGUCUGUUCUUGACAUUCCCAAUUUAUCUUGCGACUUACUGUCAAUUAGUCAAUUAACGAAAAACUCCAAUUGCUCUGCUAAAUUCCUUUCGUCUUAUUGUAUUUUUUAGGACGUAUUAUUGGAGAAGACGAUUGGCGGUGCUAAGAAAUGUGAGAGACUUUAUUACUUUGAAGAAGCAGAUGUGAGUAAACGAUUGGGCUGGAUCAAUAAAAGAAGCAGAAUGUGGUAGCUAGAAGUAGUACUAAAGUUGAAUUAAGAGCAGCUGUACAAGGAAUAUGUGAAGGACUAUAGAUAAAGAAAUUGAUAUAAGAAGUACAAACUAUGAUUUAUUCAAAGCAGUGGCGAUACUAUGAUUUUGGCCCCAAAGUUGUGCCUCCACUAAUCUGUCUUCCUGGUACAGCUGGAACUACGGACGUGUACUACAAACAAAUCCUGUCAUUAUCCAUGAAGGGUUACCGAGUGAUAUCUGUUGAUAUUCCACGUGUGUGGAACCACCACGAAUGGAUUCAAGCAUUUGAGAAGUUUCUGGAUGCUAUUGAUGUUCAUCACAUACAUCUUUAUGGCACAUCUCUUGGAGGCUUCUUAGCUCAACUUUUUGCACAGCAUCGCCCACGACGAGUUAGGUCAUUGGUACUCUCAAACACAUUUUUGGAGACAAGUAGUUUUUCUGCAGCCAUGCCAUGGGCUCCCAUUGUUGGUUGGACUCCGGCUUUUCUAUUGAAGAGGUAUGUCUUAACUGGGAUUCGUGAUGGCCCCCAUGAACCUUUUAUUGCAGAUUCUGUGGACUUCGUUGUUGCUCAGGUUGAAACUCUGUCGAGAGAAGACUUGGCUUCCAGAUUGAGUUUGACAGUUGAUGCUGCAUCAGUAGGACCACUUCUGCUUUCAGAUUCCUUAAUCACUAUAAUGGAUACAAAUGAUUUUUGUGCAAUUCCUCAGCAACUUAAAGAUCAAGUGAUCGAAAGGUACCCUGGUGCCAGACUAGCAUCUCUCAAGACUGGCGGUGAUUUUCCAUUUCUUUCACGACCAGAUGAAGUAAAUCUUCAUCUUCAGUUACACCUAAGACGAGUAGGUGUUGAAGCUCGACCGGACUUGGUCAUAGGCAUGCCAAAGGAUGGUGCUGGUGGGAGUUCAAGUGAACAGAAGAACGGAAGAAGAGAUACUGACGAUGCACCAGAAGAUGAUAAGAGGGGCUCUGGUAGCACUUCGAAUGAAAAUGAACUGCCUUUGGCUCCCGAAGGUACAGAUACUCAGAAUUUGGAAAGCGCGCCACUUUUGCUUAAUGGAUUUAACAGUAAUGAGCAAACCGUAGCGGCUAAUAAAGUGUUAUCGAACUUCACAUGCGAGUUUAUCAUUCUCAAUUUGCUGCAUCUCUACCCAGGAACAUUGUACAGUGAUUGGAAGUGUCGGAAUUUAGACAGCUUGUGUAGAUGAACUUUGUACAUUAUCGUUUGUUUGCAAUUUGUUUUGUAUCUCAUUACGAUGUCUUUCCUGUUCAAUUAAGCGAUAUUUUUUAAUUAGAUCGUGCUACGUAGCUUGAACCAUCUAGUCCUUGAACCGGCAGGAGAUGGAUAGGCGAUAAAAAUAUUUCUAUUGAACCGAUUUUUUCAUGGUUUGUUUGUAAUCCUUGUCAAGACUCAAGAUUAGGUAGUUUCAAUGGUGACAUUUUUGGACCAUUGAUAAUAAUGUUCAUCAAUGUUUAUUACUCUAUAAAGUUCGUAAAACCCUUAAUAA